ACAGUGCUGCUCUCUAUAUAGUAUAUAUUGUAUGUAAUACGAUCUAAACUACUUGAAUUUGUUUUGACGUGUUUUGCAUGUUCUUUGUUCUUAUUUCUUAUAAUAAAUAAAAAAAUAUUUGUUUUUAAGAUGACUAUGGCUAUGCUUCAACGAAGAGCUAAUGUAAGACUACCUCCAGAAGUAAAUAGAGUAUUGUAUAUAAGAAAUUUGCCAUAUAAAAUUACUGCCGAAGAAAUGUAUGAUAUUUUUGGUAAAUAUGGAGCUAUUAGACAAAUUAGAGUGGGCAAUACUGCUGAAACUAGGGGAACAGCAUUUGUUGUUUACGAAGAUAUAUUUGACGCAAAGAAUGCUUGUGAUCAUUUAAGUGGAUUUAAUGUUUGUAAUAGAUAUUUAGUAGUUUUAUAUUAUCAAAGUAAUAAAGCAUUUAAACGAGUUGAUGUAGAUAAAAAAAUGGAAGAAAUAGAUAAGUUAAAAACAAAAUAUAAUUUGAACGAAGAAAAAAAAUAACAACAUAAUUCUUUAAAUUUAAUGAAAAUGCAGAAGCAAUUCAUUUUGUAAUGUAAAUUUUUUAUUUAUUUAAAAAAAUUUUUCUUUAGAUCAACAUUAUAAAAGAUUAUCAUUAUAAAAUAAGUAUAUGUAAAUAGUACAAAUAAUUCAAUAAAUAAUUUCAUUUAUAUUCAUUUUUAAUUUAUAUUUUUUAUAUAAUUGAAUGUAAUUAUAGAACUUUAAUCCACAAUAAGGAACGUAUAAUUAUUUUCCUGUAGAACGAUGGUUUCUCGUUCCCCGUCCAAAAAGAUAUAAAAGUUGGAGCGAAAAAAUGUCGACACAUUAAGAGGCUGUAAUUAAUACAACUUUCACAGUCAGUGGUGGAGUAGCAUUCCAUUAUUCCCAUAUAUCUUGAAUGAUAAUUUUAAUUAAAAUUCUUAAUUGCAAUAAAAUAAUGUUAAACAAUUCUCAAUAAAAUAUGAAUGAAGAUAAUGAUUCAGAGAUUUUUUUUAAGGAUAUGCAAUGAUUUUAAAAAAUGGAUAUUCAUGUAAAACCAUAUUCAGACGAAAUUGCGAACUUUUAUUGGAAUCAGAAAGGAUCAAGAUUGAUGAUCAAAAACAUCUAUGAUCGAUUGACGACGGAAGUGACCUCCAUCAAGGUUGGAUAAAAAGAUGUACCUGUCAUUAUAGAGUGCAAUACGCGCGUGUCAUAUGUAAUUUAAUCGCUCGACUCAUCUCGUCGACACUGGCGUUUUGUAAUGCGAGCUCGAUAGGACUACAUUUACUUGUCCGGAUACUCGAUACUUGAUGCUGGUAGAAACGCGCGGUACGGUAUACCGCAACACACACAACGAUGCACGCGUGCGCACACGUACGCAACUCAUAUAGGUUCUUGUCAGCGGCUAGCCGGCAGGACAUUCGAUUUCAGUCGAAAGCGAAAACUCGCUUAGCCCGUUUAGUCGUGUUGUCGCGGCACAUCGUUCUAUAGUGUGACAUUCUUGUAAGUGUUUUCUAUUUAUUAAUUGAUUUCAGUUUGUUAUAUUUUGGGCAAUAAGAGCGUUUGAAAUAUUAACAGGGCUUGGUUAAAUGUCGUUCGACUGUUGUAAUAGCGGCGAAGUUGCCGGUGUUACAUUCGCGGACGUCCUUGAAAACGUGUCACGUAUUCUGCGAGCAGUUUACGAUAGUUUCCUUCAUGAUGUUAGACAUUUCACGUACGGGUGCUGUUGGUUGUUUCUCAUCAUUGCUGCUUUCCUAUUAAUGGCUUUACGUAUAAUAGGCCGUAUUCACGUCACGCCGCCUAGAGACAUCAGACUUGAAGAGUAGCGCAAUCUUACGGAGUACGCGAAAGACAAUUUUUGUUUUGCUUUUUAAUCGCCGGUGUAAACAAGAGCGGUUUCAGAGCAAUCGAAUAUAACACCAAGUCUCGUGAGUGUGGGGGACAUUCAUGCAAUUUACUUUCGCCAUAUCGCAAUCCUCGACACGAUGUAAACAGUCUGGAUGAAGGAAUGGCGUCAGUCUGACGGAGUUUUCGUGUUACCUUUUGAUAUUAUCGUAUUUGGUUGAUACGAUUCGAUUGAUUGGUCGAAAAUCAUACUUUAUUUGGUUAAUACAUCAGUGUGUAGUGUCGAAUAGUGAGUAACUAUGAUGUGUCGUCUUUUUAUGUUUCUGACACAAACAUCACUCGAGAGAAACAACGGCGUCGCGUGGAGGAAGAAUGAAUGAACGAGAAGAGGACGAUCGAAGUGUGGCGGGAGGGGAUGCGACGACCGUCGUGUUGUGACGGCCUGCUGCCUGCUUGCCGAUUUGUAUCGAGGCGGAGCGUCCGUUCCUCGCUGGAAUCGGGCAAUGUGGUUGACCGUUCGAAUGGAAGUCGUUUGAGCGGUCGAGAGGAUCCUCCCACGAGGAAGAAUCCCGGUUAGAGAGCGAAGAGAGCUGCGAGGAGAGAGAGGGAGAGGGAGAAGAGGAAGACACAGGGUAGCGGAUCGG